AUGUCUGAAUUAAAGUCCACCACAGUGGCCAAGAUGCCCGAUGCUGAAUCAAACGUCGGCGAAAGCACUACGUAUACAGAUUACAAGGCCGAGAGGUCCUAUGUUAGGAAGAUUGAUUUCAUUGUGCUUCCAACGCUAUGCUUGAGCAAUUUGGCAAAUGCAAAGACAGAUGGCCUUGAAAAGGACUUGAAUCUAAAGGGCAAUGACUAUUCUCUAUUAAUCCUCCUGUUCUAUAUCCCCUUUGGUUUGUUCGAUCUGCCAUGGAAUAUUUUGAUAAAGAUAUUUUCAGGAAGGAUUAUGCUGUCUAUUAUGUCUAUUGCGUGGGGAGUUCUAGCGCUCUGCCAAUGCGCCGCUAAAGACUUUGGUUCUCUACUUGCAAUUCGCAUCAUAUUAGGUGUUUUUGAAGCCGGUUUCUUUGCAGGAGCUACGUUUUACCUCACCUUGUUCUAUACGCGCGGAGAAAUGGGAUUCCGCCUGGCUAUCAUGCAGUCAUUUGCAGUUCUGGCGUCUGCCUUUAGUGGGCUUAUCUCCUUUGGGGCAUUCCAGAUAAAUGAUCCGGCAGUCAAAGGGUGGCAGUGGCUAUUUAUUAUUGAAGGAUCAAUGACACUAGUCACCGGAGUUGUGGCAUUCUUCCUACUACCAGACGGGGCACACAAAGCCUGGUUUUUGAGUGACAGAGAGAGGGCAGCAGCGACGGCACGUCAGCUUCGGGAUACUUCGUCGGAGGUGGAUACCCCAUUUGAUCUCAAGUCUGCCUUUGAGUCUUGGAGCGACUGGAAAUUCCCAGUAUGGUGUUUGAUUACGUUCACAUACCCUGUUGCCUAUGCCACUGCAAUGAAUUUCUUCCCGUUGCAGAUUGUUCAACGAUUGGGAUACUCUGUCAUUAAGACUAAUAUCUGGACGGUGGCACCUAAUCUCGUCGGCGCAGUAUUCCUGCUAUGCGUGGCCAAGUCAUCGGACUAUUUCCGCGAAAGAACGCUCCAUAUUGUCUUUUCUUUGGCGGUAUCAUUGGUCGGAAUGGUUAUAUUAAUCGCCAUUGACGUUCAGAACAACAAGGGGGUAGCAUACUUUGCUUGUUUCCUAAUGGCAGCAGGAUCAUAUAUUCCGUCUUGUCUCGUCCACGCAUGGCACAACAACAACAACGUACACGAGAACUCGCGAGCUGCCAAUACGGGCUUCUUUGUGGGACUGGGAAAUUUCGCUGGAGUACUGAGCGCCGGUACAUUCCGAACUCAAUAUGCACCAAAGUAUCUCCCGACUCUCAUCGCGACUUGCUGUUGCAAUGCAGUUUGCAUUUUCCUUGUUCUCGGAUUGGGAGGCUGGAUGCGGAUGGAGAAUCAUCGCCGAGACAGCAAACAAGGACUAAGACUGAGAGAGAAUCAGACUGAUACUAGUCAGUUCAAGGAGGGAGAAAAGAGUCCAGAGUGGAGAUACUUCCCUUGA